CUUUGACGUGUUUAUCGUGAGUUGUCAAAUGUGACACCCACUUUCCAAAAUUUUAACACAUUUCAGCUUUCAAAUAUGCAUGCUCAUUUUUGAUAUGGUAUUAAUAUGUAUUUGAUCUGUGAUGUGUUCGAUGUGUUAACAUAUGUAUCAUCAAACCUAUUUAUUCGAUAAAUGAAGUAAACAUAACAAACAAAAUGACUGCAAGCCCAAAACUGGACGACUUGAUCCAGUCUGUUUCCCUUUACACCCUACAACCUGUUAUAAUUCAUCUGUAUGUGUUGCCCUUUAUUAUAGUUUAUUCACUUUGGAUUUAUUUGUGGAUUGGAGUGUAUGGAUUUUUUGAUUUCUACGAAGGAGGUUGCAUAGUUUUAGCUGCAAUAGGUUGUUGCCAAGCUCUCUGCGCGCUAGCUUGUUACUGGUCGGUUCACGUUAACUGCUUUUGUACGUGCAGAAAGGAAAAGAACCCGAACAAGGCUGAUAUUGCCAAAGUUAUACCAACACCCAACAAUGGUAGCUCAGAACUUGUUAGGUUGCAGCACAGUAAGAAAGAUAAUCAGAUACUACCAUGGUUCAUGUUCCAAAAAACAAAAUACAUAUGGGAUAGCGACAAAAAGACCUUCAGAGGUAUCGAGUUUCCUAUUGACAAGACUUACAAAGAAUAUUCAAGCUGCAAAGGGUUCCAAGAAGAAUCGGACAUUACUGAAGCCGAACAGCGAUACGGAAAAAAUAAUUUGGAUAUGGUUGUGCCAAAAUUCAUAGAGCUCUUUAUCGAGCGAGCUACGGCGCCAUUUUUUGUGUUCCAAGUUUUCUGCGUGUUGCUGUGGUGUCUUGACGACUUCUGGUACUACUCCUUAUUCACGUUGGUGAUGUUGGUCAUGUUUGAAUCUACUCUGGUGGUACAACAGUUGAAAAAUAUGGAGGAGAUUCGGAAGAUGGGAAACAAGCCGUAUAGUAUAUUGAUCUACAGAAACAGGAAAUGGAGAUCUAUUCCCACAUGUGAUCUUAUCCCAGGUGACAUAAUAUCAAUUACGAGAUCAAUAAAAGACAACUUGAUACCAUGUGACGUGUUGUUGUUGAGGGGAUCUUGUAUAGUAGAUGAGAGUAUGUUGACUGGUGAAAGUGUGCCUCAAAUGAAGGAAGCUAUCGAACACGAAGAUCAGAAUACUAUUCUAGAUCCAGAGGGAGAUGGAAAGCUACACGUACUUUUUGGAGGUACCAAAGUCAUCCAGCACACCCCGCCUACAAAGGCGACCUCAGGACUGCGUCCUCAAGAUAACGGAUGCGUCGCUUAUGUCCUCAGGACCGGUUUCAAUACGUCACAGGGAAAACUGUUGAGAACCAUUUUGUUCGGAGUAAAAAGAGUUACUGCUAACAAUAAAGAAACAUUUGGUUUCAUUUUAUUCCUGUUGGUGUUUGCAGUUGCUGCUGCCUGGUACGUUUGGGUUACGGGUAUCGAGGAUCCUAAGAGAAAUCGUUACAAGUUGUUCCUGGAGUGUGUUUUGAUACUCACCUCCGUGAUCCCGCCAGAGUUGCCAAUUGAGCUUUCGCUAGCUGUUAAUACGUCGCUGAUCGCCUUAUCAAAGUUAGGUGUAUUUUGUACGGAGCCUUUCCGCAUACCGUUUGCUGGCAAGGUGGAUAUAUGCUGUUUCGACAAAACGGGCACACUUACCAGCGACGAUCUCGUGGUGGAGGGUGUAGCGUUGGCCCAGAAGGAUUCUCGAGCCACGCCUAUCGCUGAUUUGCCAACGGAGACUGUACAGGUGCUGGCUACCUGUCACUCGUUAGCACAGUUGGAUGACGGUCUGGUUGGCGAUCCUUUGGAAAAGGCUACCGUAACGGCCUUAGAGUGGAAUGUGACUAAAGCUGAUGCUGUUGUACCGAAGAAAGGAAAAAUUUCAGGCUUGAAAAUAUUUCACAGGUUCUAUUUUUCGUCCGCUUUGAAAAGGAUGUCUGUAAUCGCGGGCUACAACCAAGUAGGGUCUUCUGAAACGAUAUACAUCGGUUGCGUAAAAGGGGCCCCAGAGACGCUGAAGCAAAUGUACGCCGAGAUUCCUGAAAAAUACGAUGACGUUUAUUUGGAGCUGUCAAGGCGCGGCGCAAGAGUUCUAGCCUUAGGUUAUAGAAAAAUCGGUUCGCUGAGCACUCAGGAGUUAAGGGACAUGACGAGAGAAGAUGUAGAAGCAGAUCUGAUAUUUGCGGGGUUUUUGAUAAUUUCUUGCCCAUUGAAAACCGAUUCAAAGGCUGUGAUUAAGGAAUUGCAAUAUUCAUCGCACCGCACUAUAAUGAUCACAGGGGACAAUCCACUAACUGCUUGUCAUGUAGCGAAAGAGCUGAAACUUACGACGAAAAAGACGCUGAUUCUUACGCAGGACGAGGAAAUAUUCACAUGGCAGUCCAUAAACGAAGACGAACGCUUACCUUUAGAGUAUGACUACAAGAUUCUGAUACAAAAAUACGAUUUAUGCAUCACAGGUGACGGACUGGGAUACCUUCGGGAGAAUUACCACGUAUUUUUGAACCUGAUCCUGCCGUACGUUGCGGUAUUUGCUAGGUUUGCUCCUAAACAGAAAGAGUUUGUGGUGGUGCAGCUCAAAAACCUAGGUUAUGUCACGCUGAUGUGCGGCGAUGGCACGAACGACGUAGGCGCGUUAAAGCACGCAGACGUAGGCGUGGCAAUCCUGGCGAACGCGCCCGAAAAAUUGCCCGAUUUCAGGGAACAAAGAGAAAUGCUCGAGAGAGAACGGGAAAAGAGACAACGGGAAUUAAGAGAAGCGCAAAUGAAAACCAAGCCGAACCACGUGAGAAAUGUGAUCGAACAACGGGAGCGGAUGCAAGCUAAGUUAGAUAAGAUGGUAAAAGAAAUGGAGGAGCUUGACCAGCCGCAAAUCGUCAAGUUGGGCGAUGCUAGCAUCGCGUCACCUUUCACCAGCAGAUUGUCGUCUAUUAUGUGCGUGUGUCACAUCAUCAAACAAGGCAGGUGUACCUUAGUCACUACUUUGCAGAUGUUCAAAAUUCUAGCAUUGAACGCCUUGAUAGCAGCUUAUACACAAUCUGUAUUGUACUUAGAUGGAAUCAAACUGAGAGAUUUGCAGGCGACUUUGCAAGGUCUCUUAUUAGCUGCAUGUUUUCUAUUUAUUUCCAGAUCGAAGCCUCUCAAGGUGCUGUCUAAACAGAGACCGCUACCGAAUAUAUUCAACCUGUAUACUAUCAUGACUGUCAUCUUGCAGUUCACCGUACAUUUCGUAUGUUUGAUUUUCCUUGUACAGCAGGCAAAGUUAAGGGCACUUCCGGAAGAUCAUGAGCUUAACAAUUCCCUGUCCUCAGAGGAACUAUCAGAAGAAGAGAAAGAUAAAUUGUUCAAACCAAAUAUUAUAAAUAGCACUGUGUAUAUUAUUUCUAUGGCGUUGCAGAUCGCUACAUUUGCCAUUAACUACAGGGGAAAUCCAUACAUGGAAAGUUUGAGACAGAAUAAAGCCUUAUUGUAUAGUAUACUUGGAUCGGCGGCCAUAGUCUUGGCUCUGGCUUUAGGAAUUGUCCCGGAACUGUCUGAACAGUUUGAAAUAAUCGAUUUCUCACCAGAUUUUCGAAUCACGCUGCUGCAGGUACUGGUCGCCGACUUCUUUUUCUCAUUCCUCGUAGACAGAAUUUGCUUGUGGUUGUGCGGCGAAGGCAGGUCGAAAUUAACAUAGCACAGACAUAGAAGGAACUGCGAAGACUUUAAAAUCAUUUAUAGCUAUUUAUUUUUAUAGUCAUUCCGGUAUUGUGAGAAGUGUGUAAGAUCAAAUUGUGUAUUAUUGAUGUAAAUGUUACAUUAUGUUGAAAAAAGAUCUUUUUACAAAUUGUGGUUUAUUGUGUACGUACAGAGUAUCUACGAGGGCGAUUCAAAC